AUGUCCUCACCCCCAGAUAUAGACCCAUAUGCCGUGCUUGGUGUCGCCAAGGAAGCCACCAUCCCUGAAAUCAGGGCCGCUCACCGAAAGCGGGUUCUCAAGUGCCAUCCGGACAAGAUCCAAGAUGAGUCGCAGCGCAUUGCUGCCCAAGAUGAAUUCCAGAAAGUCCAGCAAGCCUACGAACUACUCUCGGACGAUGUCCGACGCACUAAACAUGACCAGAAGGUCAAGAUAGCCGAGCUGAAGCGGGAACUGUUGGAACGCAGACGAGCAGACCUGAUGCACAACUCCUCGCGGGGAGGUGGAUCCGCCAAUCGCGAAUUCCGCAAUGGUCACGUCGUGGAGGAGAGGGCCCCAAUGGAAUGCUUCUUCGAGGAGGCAAUGCGAUUCACGGACGAUCCACGACCCAUGUCUCGCAAAUUUGAAGAGUUCGGCGUGCGCCCAAAGACGAAGCCGACAGAAGAGAAGAAGAGGACUCGAACACCGAUCAACAUGUUUCACCAAGCGAAAGAAAUGCGGGAGACGGUCAAAGCGACACAUUCCGACCGUGCGAAGAUGCGCGAUCAGGAGCGACGACGACAGACCGAGGCAAAGAAGCAUGGCAUCUUUGAAGCCUUUGCAGGAUCGGACGAGGAGACGUCUGAUUCUAGCGCUCCCCAUUACGUUCACACGAGACGUACUUCAACAACGCGCCGUGAACGCGAAUCGCGACCUCGACCAUCGGACUCCUCUCGUCGUCGUGGACGCCACUACGACGAGGAUGGCAAUGUCUCCGAUCACUUGCAAUCCAAGAUCGAUAGUCAGUACUAUACUGCGGAGGACUACAUCGCAAGCAAAGCCCGGGGUUCAAAGUCCCCACGACAGUACCAUGGUCACGACCCGGCGGAACCAGAGUCUGCUUCGCGACCCGCGGGACGGUCCACCCGCACCCGCCGUCAUUCUUCGUCGCGCGAGAAUUCCUACGAGCAUUUGGAUUCGCCACGAAACUACGAUGGCAAGCCACCCAAGAUGCAACACUCCGCGACUUCCCCGGGGAUCAAGACGUCUCUCCGUCCUGCGUUCCUCAACACUCGGUCCGCAACCACCUCUGGCUUCACCCGCGCAAAGCGGGACAGUCGCGACUCCACACUAUACGAAAUGGCCCACGAGCCACUGCCAUCGCGGGGUUCCAAAGUGCGCGAUCGCAACGACUCGGGCUAUUCCAGUCCCACUACUCCCGAAAUGCUCCCGAGAGGCGUUUCCCCCAAGACCUCCACCCGCUACAAGAUCGUCAAGGAACCAGACCACGUCGUCGUAGAACCGAAAUCAUCAAAGUACCGCUCAGCAGCGAGAUCCCCCGACCGGGAUCGUGUACCCCCUACCCGACAGGUGCCCAAGCGAAGCAGUACCUACCAGAACUACACUUCGGAAACCUCGCCUCGGCUUGAGACUCGGUCUUCGCGGCCUGCUUCUCGUCCCCAUGCGGACGUCGAAUACAUUUCUCGCCCGAAAGAGAAGGACAUCAAGUACUCCCGGACAUACAGUCAAGAUGAUGUCAGUUACUCGCCGAGACGCGCCCCUUACUACGACGAGGAAUAUCGUCCUCCUGCCGUGGGGAGACAUCAGUCUGCCUAUUAA